AUGGGGCGGGAAGCGCUGCUGUUUCCCGGCGUUGGCAGCUUUGGCUGUGCGAUGGAGGCGCUGCACAGCAAGGGCUUUGUAGAGCCGCUUCGUGCGUACAUCGCGAGCGGCCGCCCGUACAUGGGUAUCUGUGUCGGCAUGCAGGUGCUCUUCGAGGGCUCCGAGGAGUCAGCCGGCGUCGCGGGGCUGGGCGUCAUUCCAGCGCGUGCGGAGCGCUUCUCGACGACGGACGGCGCGCGGGGUGCGCGCAAGGCAGUGCCGCACAUGGGCUGGAGCAAGGCGGAGCUGGUCGAGUGGGGCGACGGCGAGGCGCGUGCGGCGCUGGGCGCCCGCUACGGCCUGUCGGCCUCGGCGCCGCGGCACUACUACUUUGUGCACUCGUACCGCGUGCCCUUCUGCGAGGGUGUGCGCGACUGGGCACUCGCCACGACACAGUAUGGCGACGAGACGUUUGUAUCGGUGGUGCAGCGCGGUAAUGUGUUUGCGACGCAGUUCCACCCCGAAAAGAGCGGGCGCGCAGGCCUCGCGCUGCUUGACGCGUGGCUGUCGCGCACGCAGGUGGAGCCCCCAAGUGCGCGCCAUGCUGUGCCGACGCCUGCGUCGGCCCGCGCGCCGACGCGCCGCAUUGUGGCGUGCCUCGAUGUGCGCAGCAACGACGACGGCGACCUUGUCGUAACCAAGGGCGAGAGCUACGACGUGCGGGAGCGCGCACCGGAGGCGGGCGCGGCGCCUGUGCGCAACAUGGGAAAGCCGGUGGAGCUGGCGCAGCGGUACUACGAGGAGGGCGCGGAUGAGGUGGCCUUCCUCAAUAUCACAUCGUUCCGCGAGUGGGCCCUGGGCGACCAGCCGAUGCUGUCGCUGCUCAACGUCGCGGCUGCCACCAUCUUUGUGCCGCUUACGAUUGGCGGUGGCAUCCGCGACUUUACGGACCCCGACGGCACUUUCCACCCCGCGCUGAACGUCGCGCACGCGUACUUCCGCGCGGGCGCCGACAAGGUCAGCAUCGGCAGCGAGGCCGUGUACGCGGUCGAGCAGGUGCUCGCGCGCGCGGGCGGGGCGCUCAGCGACCCGGCCGCGGCGCCAGCGGCGGCGCUCCAGGGUGACACGGGGAUUGAGCAGAUCUCGCACACGUACGGCGCGCAGGCCGUCGUGGUGAGCAUCGACCCAAAGCGCGUGUACGUGGAAGCGGACGCCGAGGUGCCGCCCGCGCACGCUGCGUCGCUCGUGGCAGGCGUGGACGAGCGACCCGCGACGGCGGGGCAGCCGGCGCGCUGGUGGUACCAGUGCACCGUCAAGGGCGGGCGCGAGCUGCGCGACAUUGAUGCCGUGCAGCUGGCGCGCGGCGCCGAGCGCCUGGGCGCCGGUGAGCUGCUGAUCAACAGCAUCGACCGCGAUGGGAGCAACAACGGGUUCGAUGUGCAGCUGAUGGAUCUUGUGCGCGGCGCAGUCAACAUCCCCGUCGUGGCGAGCAGUGGUGCAGGGUGUGUGCAGCACUUCACCGAGGUGUUUGCUAAGCGCAGCAGUGCGCACGGCGCCCCUAUUGAGGCGGCCCUUGCCGCCGGCAUCUUCCACCGGCGCGAGGUGUCGAUAGCCGAUGUCAAGGCAGGCUGUGCGCAGGCAGGGUAUGAUGUCCGGUUAGAUUAG